ACAACUACGGGAUGCGUUCGGGCUGCGAACAACAUUAUCAAUGCGCUGAAUAUGUCGGUGAACCCGUGCGAGGAUUUCUAUGAGUUUGCUUGCGGAUAUUGGAACGAAGAGCAUCCGAUCCCCGACGAUAUGUCCGCUUUCGGGACCUUCUCAUUUGUAAGGGAACAGGUUCGGCAGCAAUUACGAGUUCUACUGGAGCAAGAAUUAGAAUCGGAGUCCACUUCAAUUAAUAUGGCCCGAAUCGCAUAUAAAACAUGCAUGAACAAAACACAAUUGGAGAUUUUGAAAACCAGUUUACUUUUCGAAACCUUGACCGAACUUGGAUACUGGCCGUUGUUACAGUCGGACUGGAACAAAGAAAAGUUUCAACUCACUGACUUGGCGGCACUCGCUAGACGCGACUACGGAGUCGAAUCUUUCUUCCAGGUUUAUAUCUACGCAGACGCUAAGAACACUUCCCGUAACACUUUAUUUGUGGAUCAAGCAUCGCUAUCGCUUGGUAGAGGUGCUAGGGACUAUUACCUCAAUAGCACAAUGUUCGCUAACCACAUGCUGGCAUACAGGAAGUAUUUUCAAGAGAUAGUUAAAAUUCUAAGAGAAGAUGCGAAAAUAAAUGGAAGUGAUGCUACAGUUGAAACCAGCAUAAACGAUGUGAUUGCUUUUGAGAAGAAACUGGCUGAAAUUGUCGUGCCUGAGGAUGAGCGGAGGAACAGCACACGGUUGUAUAACAAAAGAGUUGUAGCUGACUUGUAUGACUACAUGAAUGACGUUAAUUGGGUGGCAUAUCUUAGACAAAUUGCUCCUUCUGAGAUGGUCGACAUGUUUAAUAACGACACUGAAGUCAUUGUCACUGAAAUCGAUUUCCUUCAAAAGGCAUCGAAAUUGAUAAAGGAAACGGAUGUCGAGAUACUUGCGAAUUACAUUGUUUGGCGUGUAGUGCAAGCAAGCGUUCGACUGCUUGACGAGAGAUUUGAGAAUAUUAAACAAGAUUUCUCACGUGUGAUGACCGGCCAACAGCAACAGUCGCCAAGAUGGAAGGAGUGUGCACAAGUGCCAAGCGCCGUAUGCUGUGCUACCAUUAGCUGCGGGUGCUAUCUACGUGCAAGCUUCUCACAGAGUUACUCAAGAAACUUCAUGCGAAAGAUAUCCAAUUUGCGAGAAUCGUUCGCCGACUUGGUUAAUCAGAACGAUUGGAUGGACGAGAUGACGAAAAGUACCGCCAUUUCAAAGGCCAACUCUAUAAUAAACAACAUAGGAUAUCCGAACAUAACUAAUGAUAUUAAGAAACUCGACGAGCAAUACAAAGACCUCGCCAUCCUAUCAGAAGACACAUAUUACAUGCUUAUGAAGAAGGCAGUCGUAUGGAUGCAAAAGAAAGAGUUUCGUAAGCUAUUAAAGCCAUUUGAUCGUCACGAAUUCGAUGUAUCGCCGGCCGUAGUCAAUGCCUUUUAUUCUCCGGAAAAAAAUGCUAUAACAUUUCCUGCUGGGAUUCUUCAACCGCCGUUCUUCAGUGGUUCAUUUCCCAAAGCAGUCAAUUACGGGGCAAUUGGGGCCGUCAUUGGACAUGAAAUCACCCAUGGAUUUGAUGAUCAAGGAUCUCAAUAUGAUAAAGACGGAAAUUUGCACAAUUGGUGGAGCAGCCAAUCAUUGGAGGCAUUUGAUAAACGUAGACGCUGUAUUGUCGAGCAAUAUGGGAACUAUGUUGUGCCUAAAACCACAUACAAGGUGAACGGGAAGCUCACACAAGGGGAGAAUAUCGCCGACAAUGGUGGUGUAAAAGAAGCCCUUAGGGCCUACCGGAAGUACGUAGCGAACCACGGAGAAGAAGCACGACUUCCUGGACUUCAGCAAUUCACAAACACGCAAAUCUUCUUUCUUAGUUAUGCUCAUUUCUGGUGUGGGCAAAAGAAAGAAGCAGCAGCGAUGCAGCAGGUCACCACCGACGAGCACUCUCCAGAGGUGUUCCGCGUCACGGGAGUUUUGUCUAACCUUCGCGAGUUCGCCAACGCCUUUUCGUGCCCAGUCGGAUCGGCGCUGAAUCCGGAGCACAAGUGCGUCAUCUGGUAG